UCCACUUCAAUGCGGUGUCAAAUGACGUCACUCGCACAGGAUCCGCCCUGGCCAGCGGCUUCCACAAAUACUGUCGAUGACCGAAGCCGUGUAAACAACAACAACAAAUUGUUUUCGCGUCGCCUUUUAAGGCCAAACAGUGAUGGCCACGGUUAAAAAGGACAACAGGCUGACAAGUUCGCAGAGCUUCUCGUGCGUCGGCUUCGCGGGUUUAUUCAGUAAAAGCGCCACGUCGCCGUUGGAAGUCGUGAAGAUUAAAAGUCAGGUGGGAACAUUUCACUGUAAAAAAGGCUUGGGCCAAACCUUCCUCCUCGUCUACCGCAAUGAAGGACUCAAAGGCUUUUGGAAGGGGAACCUCGUAUCUUGUCUCCGCUUGUUCCCCUACACCGCAGUCCACCUGACAACCUACAGAAAGAUAGUCCACCAUCACAUGGACGAAGUGGGCUUCAUCUCCCAGGCGAGGGCCAUCGCCGCCGGCGGGCUGGCGGGCGUGGCAGCCGCCCUGGUCACGUACCCCUUGGAGGUGGCCGAGACCAGGCUGAUCGUCCAGAACUGCAGGGAGCCGUCGUACGUGGGCGUGGUUCACACGCUGGCCAAGAUCCAGAGCACUGAAGGUCUUUUCGCUCUCUACAGAGGUUUUUCCCUCACUGUUUUAGGCGCAUUUCCCUUCUCUCUGGGAUGCUACGUCAUCUACACGAACGUGGACAAAGUCUGGCAGGAGCCUCCUUUCCGCUUCUCGCCUCUGCAGAACUUCAUCAAUGGCUGCCUGGCAGCAGGGGUGGCGCAGACCCUCUCCUAUCCGUUUGAGACUGUCAAACGCAAGAUGCAAGCGCAGAGUUCCCGACUGCCACAUUACGGCGGCGUGGACGUGCAUUUCGGCGGCAUGACGGACUGUUUCGUCCAGGUGGUCAAAAACAAGGGCGUUCUCUCGCUCUGGAGUGGCCUCACCGCCAACACGAUAAAGAUUGUCCCCUACUUCGGCCUCCUCUUCGCCUGCUUCGAGCUGUGCAAGCAGGUUUGCCUUUACCACAACGGCUACAUCGUGUCGCCGCUGAGCUACGCCCCGGCGCCGGGCGUGGACCAGAGCCUCAGACCGGCCGAGUUGCAGGAGGUGAAGCGCUACAUGAAGAACAGGAGCUUCGGAGCGGCCGGCCAGUCCACCAUCGGAAACCGCUGGUGAAAACUCUCACGCCGCGAGGAAAAAUAACGAAUAGACUCUGACAGCACUUGCAAAAAUACACAAGCUUGUGAGAUCCAGUACUAAAAUGUGCCUUGACAGUGAAUCUCCGUUUGUGGUAGGGGAUUACGUUCCAGACCCACCUUUGAUCUAGUUCGCAUACGAGAAACCUUUUUUCAAGUAGUUUUAUUCCUCCCACAUGCUUGAAACAGAUUUAAACUUAUUAUGAAAAACAUUUUAAAUGUUCCUGAGCACCCGUUCUCACUCUCUCGGUGUCAAGAAUUGGAACUCAAUUGUAGAACUUUUAAGUAUAAAAAAAGUAGAAAGACACUCGUUUGCACACUUCUCCAAAUAAGCGCACUUGCUUUUAACACAUUUGUCACUUCCAGUUGAACUUUAUUGAAUUUUUGCCAAAGUGCGCACACCAAAGGUGGAAAAUAUGUGGUGGGUAUGAAUAAUUGCCACUCUGUUAACUUCAAUAGAAAAAGAUGAUUUGAGUUGCACAUUUUAAAUCACAAACACGGUCACAGAUCAAACUCUCAAGUCAAGACACCACAGCGUUCCGCGCUUGGUUCUUCACUUUCGCUGUCAAAAAAUUGGAAGACGUAUUAUGCAUUUAACGCUUGCACAUUUCUCAAAGAGGCCAAAUAUACUUGCACAUAAAAACAGACUCAAACAUGGUCCGUUUUAAACACAAUGUUUUACCCACCCCACAUUUCCUCGAGCAAAAGUGCGCUAGUUUAAUGCUAAUACAUAACGCUGACUGCCAUAGACUGGCUACUUGAAAUAAUUUUUUAUAUUUGUUACUAUAAAUCUUAAUAUAAUUUCUAUUUUUACCCACAUGCUGCAAAAAGGCCUGCAAUACUCGCAGGCGCACAGGAUUUUCUAACAACCAUUGCAUAAGUUUAGUUGGGGAUAUUCUCUGUCUCUUAAUCUUUACCCUUAACUAAGCGGCAUCUCUUCCGGUAACGCUCAGUACUACCCCGCAUGUAUUGGUGGUGGUACUACACUGAAGACGCACAACUCAAAACUUUGACUUGUUUGCAGUAGUGCAUAGUGAUACUUCUAACUUAUUGGCCCCUGAAUUAAUGCUACUUUUUUUUUACCAUUUUUAUUUGAAUAGGUUUAUUUAUAUUAACUGCAUUUUUUGUGUACAUUUUAAUUUAAAUAGUUUUACUUUUGAUUUUCUAUUAACUGCAACGUUUUAUUACAGUAUUACAGUGUUUCUCAUCAAUUUGUGCUCCUAUUGUUAGAAAACAAUUUCUGCAAUGAUUGCAUUCCAUAACUUAAUUAAAUGAUGUAUUUUUUCUGCCGCUUUUCCCUGUCAUUUUCUCGACGUAGCACCUUUCACAGAGAUGACUGAGAAAGUUCUUUACAUGCUUAAAAUUAACUGACAAACGCGGAAAUAUUAAUACAAGAACCACCAUUUUCAACGACUUUCUGUGUGUUCUAUGAUCUUUCUAUCGGGAAAAUUCAGUGAGCGUAAAUGCCAAAUCUGACACAAUUCUACACAGAAUUGGGUAAAUAUAUACAAUUUAUUUUAUUUUAUUACAUAUAUAAUAGUCAUGUGCACAUUGUGUCUUUGUCUUGUUACCAGAAAGGACUGUAUUAACAUAUGUGCCUUGAAAUCAUUUAUUUUGGUUAUUUGAGCACAUGAAAUAACCUAAAAUUGCUGUUUAUUUCUAUAAAUGGAUGUACGAUGAAUAUUUGAGACCGGUAGAAUUUGGUGCGUGAUGUUUUGAAAUUUUGAUUGAUGCA